AUGUUUUCUGUGAAAAUGUACAUUGAACUGAUCGGGACUCUGCCUAACUACGGGCACGUCGUGGCAAAUUGUAUCAUUCCAUCGACGACCACACUACUGACAAAUCUAAGAUUUGUCUUCUUCUAUAGCCGUCUACGCCUUGCCAGAUAUAUAUUCAUCCAGAAUAAUCAUCCAUACCCCAUUCUACCAUCUUUGUUGGUGAUGGAUGACACUGGACGCUUGGAGAAACUACCAGAAUCACCUUGCCGUUUCGGGAAUACGCCGCCCAAUCAGUCAGCGUCCACCGCCACUCAAGUAUAUAACAAGCAACACGGUUAUUCCAAACCCCCAUCAUUCAUCUUUUCGAUUAAAUCACGAUCUCCACAGAUCAAAGUCAAUCUGAUCUUUUUCUAUCUACAAAUCCCAAACAAAAUCCCAAGAUCCACCACAAUGGCCUUCCUUCAGUGCACGUCAGACUUCUCCCCACUCUUCCGCCUUCUGGACGACUUCGAGACCCACCGCUCCCGUCCCGCACCAACCAAAUCCUCCAGAUGUAAACCAUCAUCUCCAUCUACAUCUACUACCCCAACCCGCCGCACCGUCUUCAUUCCAGCCUUCGACGUGCGCGAGUCAGAUGAUGCCUACCACCUGGACGGCGAACUCCCAGGUGUCGACCAAAGCAACAUCGACAUUGAAUUCACAGACCCGCAAACUCUGAUCGUCAAGGGCCGCACUGAACGCAACUACCCUUCCACAGCUCCAUCUGCCUCGCCACAGAUCAAGCCUCGUGGCCAAGACACUCCCACCACCAGUGCUAGUCGCACCCCGUCUCCAUCAUGGCAUCAGCCCACCGUCGAAGACGACGAUGAAGAUGAUGAUGGAAACGUCUCCGAUGCCCGCUCGUCAACUGCCAGCGUUCGCUCCGCGUCAAGCUCCCGGUCAACGUCAGCCGUGAUCGUGGAGAAGCCUUCUACGUCUACCCCCGCGCCCGCCGAGGCUUCGACCCCCUCUACGGACCACUACUGGCUUGCAGAGCGGUCGGUCGGUGAAUUCCAGCGCACAUUCGCCUUUUCCGCGCGCGUGGAUCAGGAUGGUGUUCGUGCCGCGUUGAAGAAUGGGAUUUUGUCCAUCGUUGUGCCCAAGGAGGCUGCGCCCAUGACGAAGAAGAUCCGCGUCUACUAA